UAAAGGCCAUGCUGAGAAAAUUUUUAGUAACUUUAGGUGUUUAUAGGCUUGUAGUCCUACCCAGAAACGUAUAUUAAAUGAUAUGAUGUGUGUUUAAUAAAAUUAUAUUUUAAAUGUAGUGGGAAUGGGAGAAAAAUAUUAAAUUUUGGCAAACGUUGCACAUUGUGACAACGUUGCUCAUAAACUGACUAUUAGUCAAAAUGACAGGAGGUUCUAAAUGCAGAAAUGCGCGCAGAGUUGUCAUUUCACUUUUAUUAGGAAAAGCUCGUGAAGAUUUAAUAUGCGUUACGUUGCCAAGUUUAUUGAAAAUUUAAUGAAAAUUGUGAAAAGGCUAAUGAAAUUCGAAAAUUAUCGUCAAAUUGUAGCAACGUUGCAUGUAAUAAUAGCAGUAGCUGACCAAGCCAAAAGCACAGGAAGCCGCUAAAUGGAGAUUUGCACUCAGAGUUACCAAUUUGUCUUUAAACAAUAUCACAUUAAUUUUAAAUAAUUAAAUAAUAAAUUGAGAGCGCAUAUUGGCCAUUAAAUUGCAUAAACAAAUUGGCAACACUGUGCGAGUUGUUGUCUUUAGUGGUUUCAGAAAUGACAGAUGUCAAACGUGAAAUUAUGUUUUGUUAUUUUGAAUUUACCCAAACCUACAGAGAUUUUUAUUUAUCAUAAUUUCUAAAAUAAACGAAUAUUACACAAAAUUAUACCGAGCACCCACAUUUGCCAUUAAAUUGGUAAAGUGGUAAAACUGGGUCAGUUGUUGCGUUUAGCGCUUUCUCAAAUGACAGAUGUCAAACUUUAUUUAUAGGUUAUGUUAGGUUUAUAUUUGAAUUUUUUUCUAGCAAAAUGAAGAUCAUAGAGAAAUGAAUAUUAAAAUACUUAAAUAUACUUUUAAUUACUCUAUGAUGAAGAUUGAAUUUGAUAUUGAUGAUGCGGUUUCAGAGUUCUAUCAUAUAUUGAAUAUGGCUAUAGCUUUGUUUGUGCCUCUUAAGAGAUUCAAAACCUCGUCUUUUCCCAGUUGGUUUUCAGGGGAGUUAAAGUACUUGAUCCAGCAAAAGAAAAUUUCACAUAAAAAAUAUAAGUCUAGUCAUACUGUUGCAGACUACGAAGUCUUUUCAGAUCUUAGAGCUAGGUGCAAAACUCUAACGGAGACUUGUUACCAGAACUUUAUUUCAAAUUUGGACCAGUUACUUUAUACAAACCCCAAAAGUUUUAGGUAUAAGUUUAAUAACAGGAGAGCAACGAAUAGGCUUCCUGAUUUGAUGACCUAUAAUAAUGGGGAGUUUGCAGGUUGUGAACAAAUUGCAGAGGGGUUUGCCAGGUUUUUUUCUACUGUCUAUAAUAGAGAUAAUAAUGUCUUACCUUCUCGGCAGGCUGGUGUAAACAUGACUAUUCCAAAUCCUAAAUUAUCUAUUGGAUUCAUUUUUGAUAAGAUCUUUCAAUUAUCCCUUAAACUUAGUGCUGGCCCUGAUGGUAUACCGAAUUAUUUUUUGAGAAAAUGUGUAUGUGUCCUCUCUUAUCCCCUCUUUAUUUUAUUCAGUAGGUCUUUAGACUUGACAGUUUUUCCAUCCGAGUGGAAACUCAGUUUUAUUACGCCUAUAUUUAAACGUGGUGCUGCUAAUGAAAUGAUCAAUUACAGGAGUGAGUGCGUACAGUCUGCUAUUCCAAAACUUCUAGACAGUCUUAUUUAUGACCAAAUUAAUUUUUAUUGCAAAGAACUUCUGUUAAGUGAACAGCAGGGCUUCAGUCGUGGCAAGUCUGCUAUUACAAACUUGCUUUGGAGAGGGGUGAACAAGUGGAUGUAAUAUAUACAGACUUUUCCAAGGCAUUUGACAGUGUCAACCAUAGCUAAUUAUUAGAAAAAUUGAGACUUUUUGGUUUUUCAGGUUGUUUGGUGGCCUGGUUUGCAAGUUUUCUUUCUGACAGAUUUCAGCAGGUACCAAUUGGGGAUGCUAGGUCGCAUCUUAUCAGUGUGACCUAUGGGGUUCCACAGGGUGGUCAUUGUUCUCCCCUGUUGUUCAAUAUUUUCAUUAAUGAUAUUUUGGUUUGCUUUAAAAAUAGUAAUUUUUUGUUAUUUGUCGAUGAUUUAAAGUUUUAUAGGGUGAUCAGUUCAGAACAAGACAUGGUUCUCUUGCAAGAUGAUCUGAAUAGAUUGUGUGAAUGGUGUGUUGGUAAUAGUUUGGCUCUGAAUGUGGGUAAAUGCAGUUACAUUAGUUUCUACAAAAGAAACAAACGGGUAACUUCCUCCUAUACUAUUGAUAAUGUUAAUCUUAGGUACACUGAAGUAGUAAAGGACCUUGGUAUCUUUUUUGAUGAACAAUUGAAUUUUAAUUCCCAUGUAAAUACUAUUAUAAGUAAAGCAUCUAAGGUCCUUGAUUUUGUCCAGCGCAAUUGUAAGUAUCUGUCGGUUGAAACUUGCAAAAGGUUGUACAUAUCACUUGUUGUCUCUUUGUUGGAGUAUGGAUCAAUAAUUUGGUCUCCUCUGUACAUGAAUAAUUGUAUGGCACUGGAGAGGGUUCAAAAUAAAUUUCUACGAUUCUGCCUUUAUAAACUUCGCAUUCUAGUUCCUAAUGACCAUUGUUAUGAUGAAGCAAUGAACUUGCUGAAUAUGCGGAGUUUACUUAAGAGACGCACUGAGAAUGAUUUGGUGUUUAUUUAUAAACUGCUUAAUAGGAUUUCAUUUAAUAUUCCAUACCGUAAUCUGAGGGCAAAUCGAUUGUUUUCUUUGCCUUAUCAUCGUACCAACUAUGCUAUGCACUCGCCUGUCGAAAGGACCUUGAGGCUGGUAAACUCUACUGGAAUUGAAGUUUUGGGAAUUUCCUUAUUGCAUUUUAGGAGUCUUAUUAAGAGUUUGUUUUUUGAAUUAAUUCUGCUCCAUGAUUAAUAAUUUGAAAUACAUUUGAUCAUUGUCAUUGAUAAUAAUAUAUUUUGUUGUUUCUUAGCUAAUUUUGCAUUGUUAAUUGUUCUGAUUUUGAGAGAAUAUUGUUACUACUUGUAAAACGGUUUAAUUAUCCUUGGUAUUAAGAUUAAGUCUGAUAAUUAUUGUUAAUUAGUAAUUAGUGGUUAGGUAGUAUAGCUUUUAUUUCUUUUUCAGAAAUAUAUAUAUUUUUAGUAAUGGGGUUGAUCCCGUGUAUAAAUAAAUAAAUGAAUUAGGUAUUGUAUUGUGUACACAAAUAAUAUCACCAAUAUUAAAGCAAAACAAGGAUCCCAAGGUAUAUACCAGCUAUAGACUGAAGCUGUAGUAGCCCCAAGAAUAGAACAUUGUUAGCCUUCAAGGUUACAGGAAAGCUGUAACCUUGUAGGAAUAACAUGACUAUAGGGGAUAAAGUUCUGGACAAUUACUAUCAUUCAAUGAAGUCCUAAACUGGGAAACAGCAUGUACUAGAAUAGACGUGGGACUCCAGCAAAAAUGGAAGCACUGGACAAAAUACUUCACUAUAAUAACUACACCCAUAAAAUGGCAAAACUCCCAUAUCAUAGGUUCUUAUAUAAAAAGACUUCUUUAGUUUAAGUGCAUUUGGAAGUUUACUAAAAAGGCAUAGAUAUUACAUUCAGAACAACUAUAUCCACUAUGACCAUAUAAUUGGAUCGUUCUUUUCCUGCCGUCUUUAGAUUUUUUGCACAAUAUGUUGGAACGCUCAUCUAACCGAGUUAGAUUCCAACCUGACCAUGC